GAUUUGUUUAAAGUGACACAUAUAGUUGAAUCAAAUACGAUAUACGGAAUUUCUGCGGUUAAUUCCUACUCGUGUGCCAAUUAAAGUUGAACUGACUAUCAGUCCACAACAUGAAACAGAGAACGCCGGCGUGCAGACUGAGCAAAUAAAAAUAGAGAGACGGUUUCUCGAAACUCACGUGUACGUUGCUAAGAAACUGGACGAAGCCGAACAGCAAGUUGGGGAACUACAAAGUGCCUUGGAACUGGCCAGGUCUGAGUUCUUAAAAUUAAAGCUGAAGUAUGAUGGCUGUUCUCACGCCAGAUCGGCCAAAAUGGAAGUCUUUAUGAAUGGCUUAGAACGAGCAAGUCAGAGAGCAUCUUUGGCAGAAAAAGAGGCUACAGCACUUAAGAAACACCUCCAGGCAGCUAAACAGUCACUGCAUCUUGCAAGUACAACUAGCCAGGAAUCCGAGAUGAGCGAAAGGGAUCACUCGCCCUUGGAACUUGAUCUUGCCGCUAAAGACAAAGAGAUUUCACAACUUGUAGAAGAUAUUAAGAAAUUAAAGUCUACUAUUAACAACUUGAAAGAAACAAGUGCCUAUCAAAUUGCUCAACUAGAAGAAAUGCUAGCAGGCAAGACCAAAGCCAUUCAAUGGUUGGAGAAGAAGCUUACCAAACAACGGGACUAUGAAGAGAUAAAGAAGGAAAUAAACAUUCUAAAGUCAACUGAACUUCGUAACAAUACUAGUCCAGAAGAUGACAACAAUGCUAAGAGAGAGUACAAGUUGUUCAAGUCAAUGGAUAUCUCAUUGAUGGAAAAGGAUAAGAACUUAUCAACAGAUAAUUCUACGGAUAGAUCACCUCACAUUAAUUCAACUGGUAAUCUCCAAAACUUAGGAGAAAAUUUAUUACCACCACCUGUACAAAAUAUUCAAAUAUUUACUUCGCAACUUGGAGAAAAAAUUGUGUCCUCCUAUGGUAAAAUUCUUAAUAAAGAGGAACACUUGUAUACUCACAGUGCAUCUAAAUCAUUAGAAACUUCCACCUCCUCAGCGGUUCCCACUCCUCUACACACUGUGAUCUGUUCAAAAUCUAGCUUUCUUAACAAUUCCUCCAGUCACAAAUUAUCCUACUGUGAUAACGCUACUGUACAGAAACUCCAGGAGUGCCUCCGAAAUGGUGUGGUCAAAUAUGCAAAAGAUGCAUUAAAUACGCUUAGCAUUUCUCGUUGUGUUCGAGAGUUACUGAGUAUUCACAAUAUUGGACAGCGUUUGUUUGCCAAGUUCAUUCUCGGCUUAUCUCAAGGAACAGUUAGUGAACUUCUUUCAAAGCCUAAGCCAUGGGACAAACUGACAGAAAAAGGAAAAGAUUCGUAUCGAAAGAUGCAUGCUUGGGCAACGGAUGACAGUUGUAUUUACAUGCUGAAGACGUUAGUGCCCAAAAAAGGAAAAGAUUAUGAUUUUCCAGUCUACAGAGCAGAGGACCCUUCUGCUACGGAACGGAUAACCCAAAUUCUGAAUGAGGCUCAGAAGGCCAUGUUAAUGUCCUCCAAAGAUGAAAAGGAGCUAGUAGUUUACAAUGGAAACCAAGGAAACUCUCCUGAAAGGAGAACAUCAAAUGGAGCAUUGCAGUUACAAAAAGAGGAAUGUCAAGAAGAUGGGAAGGUGGGAUUAGAUAGAGAAGGGAACAAGCAAUGGUUCUUUCAGAAUAGUGUUCCAUACAAAGAUUAUCCACACAUUCAUAGUCCCAUACAGCCUCAAAGACAAGAUAAUGAUGGUAUUUCACAGGAAACGAUGGCACAAGUCUAUCAAAAGGAUUUGGCAAAAUUAAUACGCCAAAGGAUGGAAGAUAAUCUCUCUGUUCCAAGGGAUCAUUUUGAACGGACUCAAGAUGAAAUUCAUCAAGCUCUGAGCAUCUAUUAUCAGGAACUAUCCCGGCUGUCACAGCUUGUCCCUCAUUCCAUAACGAAUCUUGUUAAGUUAGGUGCACCACCAAGUGUUCUUAAUGAAUCCAUGCAUUAUCCCACAUUUCCUAGUUUUUUACACUCUGUUCAUUUGAACAACCCUCAAUCUCACUGUGACGUAGGUAUUAAUGCAUCAGCUCAACCUACAAGUUGGUCAAACAAAAUUAAUGUUAGUUCAUCUACAGAAUUAGAAGAAUCCAAUUAUCAUGGAAGUGCUUUUUCUUAUGUAAAAUCCAAAGCUGAGCUAUGUAGUAGCACCAACAAAAAAAUAUUACCUUGUCAUCAAGGGUCAAACACUUUGUCAUCUCCAUCUGCUCCUACAGUAACUACAGCUGAAACAUCUGGACUGCAUAAUGAUCCCAGCUCUUCUGCUUCCCCUCUCCAAAGGAUGCAGUCAAUUACCAACUCCCUGCUGGCUCAGUCAGCCAUGCAAACAUGUUCUAAUUAUUUACAACGUCCAGUCAGAGCCAUGCUGCCAUCUAUCACCCAACAUCAGUUUGAUCAGUAUAAUAAUAUGAAUACAGAGGAAAUUGUAAAAAAUGUUAAGGAACUACUCAGCCAAUUUUCUAUCAGCCAGCGUCUGUUUGGAGAGAAAGUAUUGGGACUGUCGCAAGGUUCUGUUUCUGACCUGUUAGCCAGGCCAAAGCCAUGGUACAUGCUUACCCAGAAAGGUAGAGAACCUUUCAUUCGAAUGAAGAUAUUCUUAGAAGAUGAAAAUUCUAUCCACAAGCUUGUUGCCUCUCAGUACAGAAUUCCUCCAGAGAAGUUAAUGCACCCAGAUGUGUACCUUGGAAGUAAGACUGUUCCAGGGUCCAGCAAGACACUAUCCCAAAUUUCAGAUUUAAGUAUUCCUGAGCAUCUACCACUGGAAAAUAACUACAUUCCACUUUCUAAAACUUCUGUCCCAGUAAAGCUAUGCCAGACUUCUCCAGAAACUGUAGAAAAAUCUUUGUCUGAUUUUAACCCUAAUCUAACACAUUGUGUUACCACAACACCUAGUAUCAGCUCUAGACAUUAUGUACAAAAUUCUCGUCCCUAUGUACAUCCAUCAGUGUAUGAAAUGGCAGCUCUGACAACAGAUCUGGAUACACAAUCCAUAACGUCCAAGGUGAAAGAAACUCUCUCGGUUCACAACAUAGGCCAAAAGGUUUUUGGUGAAGCUGUUUUAGGUCUUUCGCAAGGGUCAGUAAGUGAACUGCUGUCCAAGCCCAAACCCUGGCACAUGCUCAGCAUUAAAGGUCGUGAACCUUUCAUUCGCAUGCAGAUGUGGUUGAAUGACCCUCAUAGUGCUGAUAAACUCCAAGCACUGAAGAAUGAUAGGAGGGAAGCCAACAAACGCAAAAGGAACCACCAUGACACCCAGAAACUUAGCAGCCCACACAAAGAGAACCACAUCUUUAAAAACAAGCUUCCUCUUCUUUCGCCGUAUUCAUCAGCUAAGAAACCACGAAUCCUGUUUUCUGAGGAGCAGAAGGAAGCACUUCGUUUGGCCUUCUCCAUGGAUCCUUAUCCAAGCACUGCCACCAUCGAAUUUUUAGGAAGUGAGCUUAACCUAUCUAUUCGAACAGUUACGAACUGGUUUCAUAACUACCGUAUGCGUCUCAAACAACAAACAUCGCCAGCGGUACAGCAGAAUGAACAGAAACUAAACGGUAACAGUAUUCUCGUGCCUGCACUGAAUGAAUCAAACACUGGUUUUGACCCUCUCCAAUUUCGUUUUUUAUUGAAUUGCAGACUAGCUGAAGUAAAUAAGGAGAAGGGGAAAGCUCCAAAGAUUUCUAAUACGUACAGAAAUUGCUCUCCUCUCAUUGCACUAAACGAAAACUCAGUUAUUUUAGACCCGGGCGUAUCUGGACAGCAAAGUGGAGGCAGCAGCUGUAGCAGCUUUCAUUCUGGUCCUUUUGAAGCUGUUAGUAGAAGCCCAGAUAACCACUUAGCGAGUCAUUUAAACGACUAUUCCAACUCCUCUCAUGAUCGAGAAAAUAGUGAUCGCGAAUCAUUAGAAGAACAACAAACGUCACUAUCUUCUUAUAAUCACCAUGUGAACCAAUAUGGUCUGAAACGAACAGUGGCUACCUGUACUAGUAGUAAUAGGAGAAAACCUGCCAUGCCUCAGUGGGUGAAUCCAGAACUGAAAUAUUCUCCUGACAGUGAUGUCAAAAGUGAUGACGACGAAAACGCCCAAGAUGAUAACACGGACAAGGGGGAAAUCAUCAAUGGUGUCUGUGUUAGGCAAACAGGAGACUUCAAUCUAGACUUAUUGAAACCACAAAAUACAGUUGAAGUUGAACUUGUUCCAGGUUAUCUCUCACAACUGUUUCAAAAAAGAACAAAUAAUUGAAUUUGAGGAUAAAAGAAAUUCCAACUCAAUCGAUGGAAGAAGAAGAAAAAUUGUUGAUCAAGAAGUCAACUGUGAUAAUCGUGAAAGCAUUUUGAGCUUAAAAGGAAUAGAUGACUGGUACAAAGAAGGAUAUUAAAAAAUACAAAAACUAACAAUUAAAUGUUGAAAGUGAAAGACAAUAAAGUUUUAAUUGACAAAAAUGUUUGCCAGAGAAUUCUGAAUUGAGGUACAAACCCUUCAUAGAAAUGUUUUUUCGUUUGGUACCUGUGCGUGUUCAAAAUAAGUCAGAGAUGGUAUUUGUUUUCUAGGCAUUGAGUCAGUAAGUGUCUGACUUUGAACGAAAGUAUACCAACAUGAACUUAUACAGCUAAACCGAAAUCUUGCUAUGGGAAAAUAAAAAUAAGUCGACACUUGUGAUUCCUGCACUUU